UACGCUUUCGCUUUCGAUCUCGGUACGGAGCCGAUUCGCUUUCUUGGUCCGCGGGCCGUCUUAUAUUUGGUCAAGCUAGGCGGCUCGGUUGCCUUGCGAGAGCGCCUCGCGGCUCGCGGCCCUCUAGCGGGCGCGGCGCGAACUUUCGCCGCGCGCGGCCUAUGGUGGUCUGGUGGGGGGGAUCGGGCUGGCGUACCCGUCACAAAAUAUAUAAUAGUUAUUUAUUCAAUUUUUAUAAUUAUUUAGUGCGUAUUUUCCAAACCCUGUAUCCAACGAGCGAGAGGCUUGUAUAAGUCUAGACCGAAUCCGAAUCCUAUAUUAUCUUUCCUUCACAAAAGAAGGUGUUUAAGCGUUGCGUCGGAUCAUAACAUACCGCAGAGUAGUCACCUACCACUACGCCUACUCCGCAUGUAACAAUAGUACCAAAAACUUUAACAACGAUUUUGCUCUCUAUUAAAAUCCUUUCAAACCUCAUCCUGCACUUGAUCCACAUUUAUCUUUUUCAAGAUACUAAACAAUUUUCUUAUCGCGUUUAACCCUUGAACAGCAGAGGUUGUGUCAAUCGUGAUCCAAACUCACAAAACAUUCAACUAAAAUUAAAUAUAUAAUUUUUAAACGAAAGAGUUUUAUACAUUAGAAGAAUCACUUUUAAAGGAGCAGUGUAAAAUAAUAUGAAAUACAAAAUUAAAUUAAUAUUGAUCUCUACCCCAUGGUCCGCCGUUCAAGAGUUAAACAUAUUCCGGUAUGUUUUUAGCGUCGCGAGGAAGGUUGAGAAAGUUGUCAGAAAUUUGUGGCUCAUUUAAUUUAUUCACAGUUGUAAGUAUUAUACAAAUGAAGGAAUGCAAUCAGAUAAAAUUACAUUUUAUUUGUAUAAAAUUUUAGGUAACGUUUUUAUCGAUUGGAGAAGUGCAAAUAAAUAUCCAGCUUUAGUGAUAUUCUAUAUCAAUUGUUGUUUUAUGAUAUCCUGUAUUGGACGGCUUAUUCAAUUUACACCGGGGAGCAGAGUAGUGAUUGUGUGACGCAAAGAUGGAACAUUAAGUAUGAGUGAACCAAGCGAUUCCGACUAUGCUGGUGAUCUUGCAACCAAACGGUCGACUACUGGAUAUGUGUCAACACUGGGUGAUGGUGCAAUCAGCUGGAGUAGCCAACGCCAAAGAUGCAUAGCUGUUUCGACUACUCAAGCAGAGUAUGUUGCUGCAUCAACAGCUGCCAAAGAGUUGAUUUGGCUACAUAAUCUGAUAAAAGAAUUUGUACCUGAAGUUAGAGCUUGGUUAUUAAUAGACAACCAAGCCGCCAUAAGACUGGCAAGCAAUCCGGAACAGCACAAACGUUUCAAGCACAUAGAUGUGAGGUAUCAUCACAUCAGAGAACUAGUGAUGGACAAGAGAAUUCUGUUGACCUAUGUGGACACGACAAACCAGCUGGCAGACCUACUGACAAAGCCAGUGGAGCCUCUGCAGUGUUUAGUUUCCCAUAACAACACUUGGCAUAUGAGUUUUCAAGCAUUAGGCAAAAUCCAAGAUAGAAUCGAUAAGAAGGGUGCUUAUUUUCAUUUAAUUGCUUGGUGUUUCCCACUUGUUUUCACUGUUACGAUUAUGGCAUUAGGGGAAAUAGAUGGAAAUAAUGUUACUGGUAUAUGUUUUGUGGGUUACGCUAAUCAUGCAGUCAGAGCUUGAUUUUUGCUUGGUCCAGUACUGAUUGUUUUACUGGUUGGAGGAUACUUUUUAUCCAGAGAAUUAACUACUCUGAUUCGGCUGAAAAUAAGUAGCCAAGAAAUUAUAUCUGAAAGAGCAAGUGCUAAAAUACGAGAAACCAUCGUGCGUAUGGAUGUAUUUUGUAACAUUUUAUUGCCACAUUUAUGAGUUCCAACAAUCUUGGGAAUGGUGUCA